AUGCAAGACAUUAUUCUAGCAUUGGUACAACCAUUGGCAGAAUGGACAGUGAGACCAGUUUGGCGACAGUUGAGUUAUGUGUUACACUACAAGAGCAACAUUGAGCAUCUCAACGAACAGGUCCUGCUGCUGCGUGAUAAAAGAGAUGGAGUAAACCUGCACGUGACAGAUGCGAGACGAGGUCUAAAGGAGAUUAGUCCCGGAGUUGAUCGCUGGCUCGGUGAUGUGGACAAGAUCAUAGUAGAAGAGGAGACGAGUUUUAGUGAAGAAACUGUAGCAGCAAAGGCAGCGUGCUACAAUGGGUGGUUGCCAAAUUUGAAUUGCCGUCAUUCUUUGGGAAGGAAAGCUAAGAAGAUGACUGAGAAGGUGGAUAAACUGCUUGCCAAUGAACCAAGAAGUACAGCGCAUUCUGCUGCUCCCCCAAAGGUGGAAUUCCAACCCACAGAAGACUCGACUCUGCUCGGAACCAACUUCCAUGAAGGUGCCAGCUCCUCAGGAACAUCAAUUCAAGAUCAGCCACCUGCAUAUGACGGAAAGAAUAUUAAUUUUGAUUCAAGAAGAUCAACCAUUAGAGAUGUCAUGGAAGCUCUCAAGGGGAAUCAAUUCAAUCCUGUUAUCAUAUGCGGCAUGGGCGGCAUCGGGAAGACUACAUUGAUGGGACAAGUGUUUGAGAAAGCAAAGGAAGGUGGUCUGUUCAAUGAGUAUACGAAGGCAACCCUUAACGAAUCUCUUAACAAAGCUGCUGACUUGUGUCUUAUUCAAGAUGAACUUGCUCGAUAUCUAGGCCUGUCACUUGAAGGAAAGGAGACAGAUGCAAGAGCAAGUAUGCUACGUCAAAGACUAUCUCAAGGCAGCAAGAAGAUCCUUGUAAUGUUAGACAAUGUUUGGACAACAGGUCCAGACUUUCUGUGGGACAUAGGGAUUCCCCCUAGUUGUCAACUUUUGGUGACAUCAAGACAACAGGAUCUUUUCAAGAACCUGGAUACGAGAAAGAAUUUCCCAAUUCAUGGUUUGUCGGAUAGAGAUGCCUGGAGUCUGUUCAAGAAGACAGCAGGAAGUUCCAUCGAAUCUGAUCCCGAGUUCCAUGUUGUAGCAAAAAGGAUUUUGAAGGAAUGUGGUGGAUUGCCGAUUGCAAUUUCAACUGUCGGAACGGCGCUAAAAGGUGAAAGCAUUGCAAUUUGGAAGAAUGCACUGAGGGAACUAGAAAAGGCUAGCCCAGAAAACGUUCCAGGAGUGAUAGAACAUGUUUAUGGUAAAAUAAAGUUGAGCUAUGAAUGUUUGCCUAAUGAGCAAGCCAAAUCAUGCUUGUUGCUGUGUUGCAUAUUUGAAGAAAGCUCUGAUAUACCGAUUGAAGAUUUGGUUAGAUAUGGGCAUGGGCUUGGGCUCUUUAAAGGCAUUGAUUCAAUGGUUGAAGGAAGGAACUGUUUGGAAACAUUGGUUCACACACUCAAAAGUCGCUUUCUAUUGUUAGAUAGCGAUCAAAAAGAGUGUGUGAGAAUGCAUGAUGUGGUGCGUGAUGUGGCCGUAUAUAUAGCUUCUGAAGAGUCUGUAGAAAGCAAGAAUGAUGGGGUUGGAAAGAGUAUUGUGGUGAGAGACAAAGCAGAAACUGAUCUGUUGGUGGAUUGGCCUAGGAAUAUUAAGAAAUUUAUUCAUUGCACUUCACUAAGUAGCGGGGGGCUUUGUCAGCUUUUCCUGUUGAAUUGGAAUUGGAGCUUAAUUGGAAGUGAAUCGGAACUGCCGCCCACAGUUUUCAGUAAAAUGAAAGAUCUCAAGGUUCUAGCAAUUGAGUGUUCGUCACUACCGUCACUUGCAGUUUUGAAACGCCUUCAAACAUUGUGUCUAGAGCAGUGCUAUUUUGAGUGUGAUGUAUCUGUCAUUGGGGAGCUAAGGACACUCAUGAUACUCAGUCUGCGUGGAUCCGACAUCAAGCAAUUGCCUGAUACAUUUAAAAACUUGUCUGAUUUGAGAGUGCUUGAUCUGAUAAAUUGCUACAAGCUUGAAAUAAUCUCACCGGGAGUGAUAUCAAGUUUAACAAGACUAGAAGAGUUGUACAUGUGGAAUAGCUUCCAGGAUUGGGCGGUUGAGAAACUAGCCUCAACCAAAACAACCAACUGGAUUUCUCAAUUAGAGGCCGAGGUAAGAGCUGGACCAAAAGAACCCAAGAGAAUGUUUGUCAAUCAGAUAAAGAAAACUACAGUGGAGACGUGGAAGAAAUUCCAAAGAUUGGCGGUUGAGCAACCAACAAAAGUAGGAAAACAGUUCAGAGAGGAGGUUGAAGAUCUGUAUACAGCAAACGAGGAUCACACAAGGUGGGCCAACUCCAUGGACUGGAACACUGGGACACUUGCAGAGCUACUUACCCUGUCCCGUUUGACUACUUUACAAGUUGUUCUACCACCGGUUAAUGAACUACUUAGCAGCAGUCUAUUUAACAAGCUCGAAAGAUUUAAGAUCUCUAUAGGAUGGAAGGAGCGUUUACCUGAAUGGGAAUCCAAGCAUGAUGGCAACUACUUGAGAGUUCAUGAUCUUGAUGGAAGUGCUGCUGUGGGUAGGGGAAUCACUUCGUUGCUAGAGAAAGCCAGCGUUCUUGAUUUUAAAUUGACUCGGCCUCAACUUGUGAAGGUCUUAGAUACGGUCUGUUUUGCAAAGAUGAAGUCUCUUAAAUUUGAUAAGUGUGAUGCAGUGGAGUACCUGAUUGACAUGAAAGUACUUGUGAAACCAGCUACUUCUCCACAUGGCUGCAACGGCAUAUUUCCUGUCUUGAAUUCACUGGAGAUCAGUGGUGCAAGUAGGCUUAAAGAGAUUUUUCAUGGUGAGCUGCCUACACGGUCUCUCAACGAACUACGAAGUUUGGAAUUGAGGUUUUUACCUGCAUUGACAUAUAUUUGGAAAACAAAGUGUCAAUCUGAUCAAUGGGGUCUCUUGAGAAACAUUCUAGGACUCAUUCAAGUGCUGAAAAUAGAAGAAUGCGAGUCCUUGGAAGAGAUUGUUGCCUUUGAAGAUGAUGAGGAAGAGAUCAACUUCCAAAGUCUGACAGAAUUGACUCUCUCAAGUCUAUCAAGCUUCACUGGCAUAACCAAAAGUACCUCUAAGGAAGCGGAAAGGUUACCAGAAGGCAGCAGCUCGGAACAAUCUGACGCUGCCAUCAUACUUUCUGUCUUGGCUGCCUUGUAUCCAGAAUCUAAUGUCUCCCGACAAUCUCUGUUCCACACCAAGGUCUCCCUACAAUCUCUGUUCGACACCAAGGUUCAUUUCCCAGUCUUGACAAAACUUAAGAUUAGAUCCAUGAACCUAAAAGGGAUAUGGAACAUCCAACUUUCAGCAGAAUCCUUCUGUGAACUGAAAUCUCUAUGGGUAGAAAGCUGUCACGAACUAUUGCAUUUGGUACCAACACAUAUGCAAAAUCGAUUGCGGAAACUGGACAGCAUAAGAGUAAGCUACUGUGGUUCACUGGAAGAGAUUUUUGAACAUAGAAAAUUGAUCGUGGAUGAUGCAGGGGAUGCUGCUGCCGUACCAGUUUCUGAGUCGGAGAAUCAAGGAAUGCAAAUAAACAAGAUGAUGUCUUUCAAACAAUCUCAUCAAGGUUUUCAGAAUCUGACAGCGUUAUCAGUUUAUUUUUGUAAUAAAUUGAGAACUCUGAUCCCUCCCUCAAUUGCCAGAGGUCUCGUGAAGCUUCAAAGUCUAGAGAUAGAUAGCUGCUGGAAGAUUGAAGAAAUAGUAGCAGCAGCAGAGGGUGAAGAAACAGAGGAUGACAACAUGUUCCCUCAGCUACGUACUUUGUCACUUGGUAGUCUAUACAAUCUCGGUAGCUUUUCGCAAGGCAAGUAUAAUUUCAAAUGGCCACAAUUGGAAAACAUAGCAGUCCUCAGUUGCUACAAGAUGAAAAACUUCUGUUUAGGAUCCCUCAGCAUACCAAGGAAAGUGAAGAUGAUGGUCGACGAUGUUGAUCGGAGUUUUGAGAAACAGCUGUAUAACAGCAUGAACAUAGCCUGA